GUUGGCGUCAACUUGGUGACUGUUUAGGAAUAGCGGCGUCUACCAUUAUUAGCCAAAUAAGAAAUUAAUGUCCGCAUCAAAUAAGCCUAACCUAUGAUUCAAACGCGAAAAAUCUAGCCAUACGCAAAGAUGCCUGAAACAUCGGAGGAUUUUAUGCUACCAAAAGCACCCAAGGAUUUAUCCUUCAAUGAAAAUGAUUUCAAUGCGAACAACUUUAACGUCGAUGCAUUUCUACAAGAGCAUCGGAAAAAGGCAAGCUUGGAGACAAUGCGGGAUGAUUUGGGCGUAUAUUUAAAAGUUUUACGAUCCGCAAUGAUUGAACUCAUCAACAAGGAUUACGCCGACUUUGUUAACUUGUCCAGCAACUUGAUUGGACUAGACAAAGCUAUAAACAAUCUACAAGUUCCGUUAGGUCAAUUGAGAGAGGAAGUAAUGCAAGUACGGCAAACUCUAGAUGACAUGAUAAAUGAGGUGACAAGCACAUUGAAUGAGCGCUGUCUUAUUAGAGAGCGUAAGCAAAGCUUACAAAGCUUAGCACAUGUGCACGACUCUAUCACCAAAUUAUCUAAUAUUCUUGUGAAGAAAAAUACAUCCAAUUCGAAAGAUAAGGAGCAGAUCAAGCUAGAUUCAGAUCUCUUGGAACGAGCUGCUACAGAAUUCAAUCAACUUAAAUUUCACAUUUCCAGAUGUAAAACAGAUCUUACAGAGGCGCGAAUCAAGACGUGCAACGAAAUAGGGCAGAGUUUGAUGAGUAAUCUAGAUAAGAUGUUUAUAUCCAGCAUAAAGAAAAAACAGCCUGAACUAUUGAUACGUUGUCUAAGAAUAUAUGUUACCCUUGACAAAGUUUCGGAUACAGAAAACCUCUUGCGUAGAAAGUUGAUAGCUCCUCUGAUUGAAAAUGUAAUUAAUGAAAUAACUCUGCAAAGUGAACCGCAAGGCUUGCGAGGCAUCUACCAAAGAUUACUGUCUAUAUUUGACGAAGACUUAGCCCAGCUUCUUACAAUUACGUUAUAUCCAGAUAGAAUGUCUGUGAAAGGAUUUAACUUCAUAGUGAACAGUUUUUGGCCCGAAGUUGAAGAGAGGAUUGAGUUGCAUCUAAAUUUAAUAUUUGCUCCGGGUAAUCCUGAGUUGUUUCACAGGAGAUAUUUGGAAACAGUAGAAUUUCUAACAAAACUUGAAGAAGCUUGCUGCACUCCUGAGACAUUGUCAGAAUUAAAAGGGCAUGCUCUGUAUCAUAGGUUUUUGGGAAAGUGGAAUUUGCCAGUAUAUUUUCAAAUCAGAUUUCAAGAAAUAGCUGGUACUGUUGAAGCCGUACUAUGUGAAGAUAUUUCUCCCUCGAUGCUCAAAGAAAAUACAUCUGCGAUUACAUCAAAUGAAUUCACACUGCAUCCAACCAAUGUUGUUUGGGAAUCCCUCAUGAAAACGUGGGCAGAUGGUAUAUUUCUCCCAAAACUAUUACAGCGUUUUUGGAAAUUGAGCCUUCAAAUUAUUUCACGGUAUCAAACAUGGUGUAAAGUGGCAGUGACACAAAGUUGGCCGGAUGCUGCCAAGUCUACUACCAGUAACAUUAUUGAAACGGCACACCCACCUAGACUGCAGUUUUUGGUUUUUUUAUACACUGACAUAGAAAAACUGAUGAAAAAUAUGCCUUCAUUUUUGGAGGUAGUGUGGAGUAAAGUUACAAGCACAAACUCUACUCUUAAGAAGAUAUUUGAAGAUUGCUCAGCAGAAUCUGAGAAAAAUUUACAAUCUACGCUACCACUUAUCACCGAUGAAAUAAUGAAAGAACUAAUGUCUCAGAGUGCGAUUCAUUUGAAACAAGUUAGCGAUAUCCCUAGAUUAUUCCGUCGCACAAAUAGAGAAGUGCCGACUAAACCUUGCACAUAUGUUAGCCAUGUGAUUGAACCCCUAACUAAUUUUUACAUGGAGUAUAAUUCAGCCAUACCAGGUCUUGUUACGAAAUUACUGGAGUCCACUGUCUCUUUGGUGUCAGAACAGUAUUUACUGUCAGUAACUGAUGUUUUAACAUCUGUACAAAAAACUGAAGAGAGUCUGCGGAGGUUGAAGAAAAUCAGAGACAAAUCAACAGGAAUAUCAUCGUCAGAGGGCAAAGGCAUUGGUGACGAUGAGAAAAUCCGGAUUCAAUUAGAAAUUGAUGUACAGAAUUUUUAUCAAAUGAUAGGGAAUCUAGGAAUAAUUGGAACCAAUGUUUCCAAUCUGAAGCAAUUAUUGCAAGUAGUUCAAGAGGCUUUAACAAGUCGAAAUGAGACAAGAUAAGGUACACCUAACCGUGCAUGAUGGGAUGCCAACGUUUUGCAAUAAAUGAUAAUAAAUUAGUUCCCUUGCGUAUUCAGAUUCUUUAUAUGCCGGCUUCUGUCUCAUUUUUCAUUGAUAUUUAAUGAAAUGCAAAAUACUCUUAAUCAUUGUCAGACCAACCCGUAACUAAUAUUUGGCAUCAUAUUGACAUGCUUCUCAAUAACUUGUGUCAUUGUUGCAUAACUUGAUGAGGAGAUCUGUACAGUCACAUAUUUUAACGUAUCCAAUGGGUCAUUUAUUGAUACGUUUACUGCUAGUAAUUAUAUAUCACUGUACAGUGUUUUCAUACAUUUAUUACAUGUUUAUUUUUAUUAUCAAGCCAGUUGAAUAUUUUACAGUGUCAUGAAAAUCGAAUUCAUCAUAUAAAAUAAAAGAAAGAAUAUACAAUUUGGAGAAAUACGGCAUGGAUUUUAUCCUGUAAUUUGUAUGAUGCGAAAGAAAAACGAAUAAACAAAUAUGUACAUAAAAAUAACAGAUAUCAAUAUAAUAUAUCUUCUACCUACUUAGUAAUAAAGAAUAUGCCGCGACCUGAUGGCUAAUAGUAAUAUUAAGUAACUGCACUUUUUCUUUAAAGUCAAAGUAUGUCGUCAGUAACUGUCACAGUAUACUAGUACAGGAGAAACCAUUGCUACUUUCAAAAAGUGGAAUGCCUUCUCCAACCAAUUGUGAAUAAUAACAUCUUCAAAGGUUGAUAUAAGUUAUUUGAUGAUUGAUUCACUCGAUCAUACGACAAAACCUGGGACUAGAUAUCCGUUGUUUAAUUUUGACAUCUGUCACUCUUACAAUCUAGGAAUGCAUUUUAUAAGUAAGUCAAUUAUUUCGAAUAAUAGGGAACCAGCACUUUCAAUAUACAGACAUAUAACAUACUUUCAUUUUCAGAAUAACGAAAUGAUAUAGUUUCGAAUCAUUCGACUUCACAAUAUUAUACAUGCCAGGUUAAUAUUUUGUAGUUACAUGAAAAUUGGAAUAAUAGCACACAAGUAUUUAAAGUGCUUUUACUCCAUCAUAAAUUGAUAAUAGGACAAAAUAUAGUUUACCUUCAUUCGAAUGAAGUAUAUCACAUAUUUUUUUUUCCAAUUGUGUAUAAAUAAUAUCCUGAUAAACAUUGCUGUCACUGUUCCAUUAAAAUGAUAAACUCGGAAUAUCGGUCAAACUCGAAAAUGAAUUUUCAGUUUUUUAUUUUAGAGAAACAAAAACAAAUAAAUAAAAAAUCUGUAAUUUUGUCGUGAAUAAUUGUUAAUAUGUAAUAUACAAAAUACAAUAUUGACAUAUACGUUUACACAACAUUGAAAUAAUCUCGAAAUUGAGAAUAACCUACCAAUACUAUAUAACAUUAUUAACAUUUUUGCAUGGUUAACUCGGCAGCUAAAUAGUAUAUCUUCAAUGAAACUGGUAAAAUAUUACGUUAUUAUUAAUUUAACAUUAUUAUAGCCAAUAUAUGUAUAUUUAUUAUAAGUAUAUAUGUAUAUAUGAAUGUAGUCAGUGCAUUAUGUUACUAAUUAUGAGUCACUUAAGGUGAAAAACAGUACAAAGCAAUGAUAUUAGUUUCAACGAUUCAAAAUUGAAUUUUAAGUUUUUAUAACGUUUCAAAAGAACGGAGUUUCAGUUAAUUCAGAAAUGUGAAAAAAAAAAUUCGUCGUAGAUAAUAUAUCCCCACUUAUGUUAGCACUGAUUGUAAAUUGCCACAAAGUAACGAACGGGAACUGGAAGAAUGAGAAACAACACUUUCUCCUGGAAGUUGGACCUUUAAUUUAAAUGAAACAUAUACACAUUAUUAUUCUGAAUUGUAAUCCAGGUAGCCUUUCUAAACGUUAUAAACAACCUAAUGAGGCUUUAUCACUAUCUGUGCCUCUGAGCUACACCUUCAGUAGUGAUCGUGCCAUGUACU